AUGCCAUAUUACGCUGUUGCUAAAGGAUCAAAAACUGGUGUAUACAGUAAUUGGGGUGAUUGUAAAGAACAAGUCCACGGUUAUAGUGGCGCAUCUUAUAAGAAAUUCAGUACUGCUGCUGAAGCCAAUGCAUUCGUGCAAAGUGGGGGCAAAUCAGGAUCAAGUUCAUCUUAUAGUUCCGGAGGUAGAUCAUCAGGUGGAAUUUCUGGUUCUAGUCGCUCAUCAGGUGGUUAUUCUGGUGGUUAUUCCGGUGGUUAUUCCGGUGGCUAUUCCGGUGGCUACUCUGGUGGUAGCUCAAAGCGUUCUUCUUCCUCUUCAACAUCUUCUUCUUCUACUACUACUAAUCGUGUUUAUGUUGAUGGUGCUUCAAGAGGAAAUGGACAAACCAGCAAGGCUCCAUCAGGAUAUGGUGUUUAUUAUGGUCCUAAUGAUUCAAGAAAUGUUGCUGUUCCCUUGGAUAGAGUAGAUAAAAACACUUCAUAUAAACCUACAAAUCAACGUGCUGAAUUACAUGGUGUGAAACAUGCAUUGAAAAAUAUCCACAAUGAUUUACAACUGGGUAAAGCUACGGGGAAAACCGAAAUUCAUAGUGAUUCGAAAUAUGCUAUUCAAAGUGUUAAUGAAUGGUCCAGUAAUUGGGCAAAGAAUGGUUGGAAGAAUUCCAAAGGGGAAACUGUUGCUAAUAAAGAUUUGAUUCAGGAAACUGUUGCAUUAAAAAAUAGUAUUAACAAAACUUAUCAAGAUAAAAAUUGGGGAAAUUUGGAAUUUGUUCAUGUUAAAGGUCAUGCUGGUGAUCCUGGUAAUGAAGCUGCUGAUAGAUUGGCAAAUCAAGGAGCUGAUCAAUAUGGCAAGAAGUAG